UUUGGGGUUGGAGGAGGGGCGCGAGCGCGCGGCAAAUCGGGCGGGAAGAGGCAAAAAGGGAUCUGGGAGCGCGCCGCGGCGGUUCCUGUCCUUACAGUUGCGCGGCCCAGGGACCGAUGUUGCGCGAGGGAAAUGCGGGACGCCCAGGGUCUUGCUCUAUUGCCCAGGCUGGAGAGCAGAGGCAUGGUCACAUCUCACUGCAGCCUUGUCCUCCUAGGCUCAGAAGGUUUGGAAUGUUCUCAACAGAAAGAAAUGAUAAAUGUGUGAAGUGAUAGAUAUCCUAAUUACCCUGAUUUGAUCAUUACACACUAUAUAUGGAGUUUUGCUCUUGUUGCCCAGGCUGGAGUGCAAUGGUACGAUCUUGGCUCACCACAACCCCCGCCUCCUGGGUUCAAGAAAUUAUCUUGCCUCAGCCUCCAGAGUAGCUGGGAUUACAGGGCCAUUUCUGAGCAGUGGAGGUUUCAAGUAAUCCACUAACAACCAGUUCCAAAUUCUGUCAUCAAAUCCUGUGCUGCUGUUCCUCGUGGUAAUAGAUGCAUAUUAUUUCUUUUAUUUAAAAGAAAUGAAUGUGACUAGUAUUGCAUUAAGAGCUGAAACCUGGCUUUUAGCUACAUGGCAUGUUAAAGUACCUCCGAUGUGGCUGGAAGCUUGUAUUAACUGGAUUCAAGAAGAAAAUAAUAAUGUUAACUUGAGUCAGGCCCAAAUGAAUAAACAAGUGUUUGAGCAGUGGCUCCUUACUGAUCUGAGGGAUUUGGAGCAUCCUCUUUUACCUGAUGGCAUUUUAGAAAUUCCAAAAGGAGAAUUAAAUGGAUUUUAUGCUCUGCAGAUUAAUUCCUUGGUUGAUGUAAGUCAGCCUGCGUACUCCCAGAUACAGAAGUUGAGAGGAAAGAAUACAACAAAUGAUCUAGUUACAGCUGAAACACAAGUAACCCCAAAACCUUGGGAAGCAAAGCCUUCACGAAUGUUGAUGCUGCAGCUAACUGAUGGAAUUGUACAAAUACAGGGAAUGGAAUAUCAGCCUAUUCCAAUUCUUCAUGGUGAUCUUCCUCCAGGUACAAAAAUUUUGAUUUAUGGAAAUAUAUCUUUCCGUCUUGGUGUUCUCUUAUUGAAACCAGAAAAUGUGAAAGUGUUAGGAGGUGAAGUAGAUGCUCUUUUAGAAGAAUAUGCCCAAGAAAAAGUACUUGCAAGAUUAAUAAGGGAACCUGAUCCUGUAGUUUCAGUCAUACCAAACAAUUCUAACGAAAACAUUCCCAGAGUUACAGAUGUUCUAGAUCCUGCAUUAGGUCCUUCUGAUGAAGAACUCUUGGCAAGUCUUGAUGAAAAUGAUGAGCUUACAGCAAAUAAUGACACUUCUUCAGAAAGAUGUUUCACCACAGGUAGUUCCUCAAAUACCAUUCCCACAAGACAGUCAAGUUUUGAGCCAGAAUUUGUUAUUUCUCCAAGACUAAAAGAGGAACCAUCAAACCUAUCUGUGCAUGUCAUGGAUGGGGAAUUAGAUGACUUUUCAUUGGAGGAGGCCUUGCUUUUGGAAGAAACUGUCCAGAAAGAACAGAUGGAAACUAAAGAAUUGCAACCAUUGACUUUUAACAGAAAUGCCGAUCGAAGUAUAGAGAGAUUUUCACAUAAUCCUAAUACUACGAAUAAUUUUUCUUUGACUUGCAAAAAUGGAAACAAUAAUUGGAGUGAAAAAAAUAUAUCUGAAGAAAUGACUAAUGAAGACAAAUCAUUUGGUUGUCCUUCUGGUAGAGACCAAAACAGGAGUAUUUUUUCAGUUCAUUGUAAUGUACCCUUAGCCCAUGAUUUUACAAAUAAAGAAAAGAACUUAGAGACAGAUAAUAAAAUGAAACAAACCAGCAGUUCAGAUGGACAUUCCUUAAAUAAUAAAAUAUUAAAUAGAGAGGUGGUCAACUAUGUACAGAAGAGGGGUUCACAAAUUUCUAAUGAAAAUGAUCGUAAUUUACAGAGUUGUUCUUUAAGAUCAUCAGAGAAUAGCAUUAAUCUUUCUAUUGCCAUGGAUUUGUAUUCUCCACCCUUUAUCUAUUUGUCUGUUCUAAUGGCCAGCAAACCAAAGGAAGUUACAACAGUGAAAGUGAAAGCAUUUAUUGUAACCUUAACUGGAAAUCUCUCAAGUUCUGGUGGCAUUUGGAGUAUAACUGCAAAGGUGUCUGACGGUACUGCAUAUCUAGAUGUAGACUUUGUGGAUGAAAUACUUACUAGCUUGAUAGGGUUCUCAGUACCAGAAAUGAAACAGUCAAAAAAGGAUCCUCUUCAAUACCAAAAGUUCCUGGAAGGGUUGCAGAAAUGUCAGAGAGAUCUAAUAGAUUUGUGCUGUCUAAUGACUAUUUCAUUUAAUCCUUCCUUGUCUAAAGCAAUGGUACUGGCAUUACAAGAUGUUAAUAUGGAACACCUUGAGAAUCUAAAGAAGCGGUUAAAUAAAUAAUUAAACUAAAAUAGUGUUAGGAACAAUUAAAAACAACAAGGAAAUAUUUAGAAUUUGUUCACAAUUUUACUUAUGAGACUUUGUGUAAAAAGGAAAAAUGAAAUUUCAUAGCUUAUUUCAGUUUAAUUUUAAAGUGUUUAAUCAUGUUUGUUAUAUGUGGAGCUUUUGAAAAUAAUCUUUUUUUUUUUUUUUUUUUUUUAAAGUCAGGGUCUUGCUCUGUUGCCCAGGCUAGAGUGCAGUGGCAUGAUCAUAGGUUAUUGCAUCAACCUCUUGAGCUCAAGCGAUCCUCGUGCCUUAGCCUCUUGAGUUGCUGGGACUAUAGGCAUGUACCACCAUGCCCAGCUAAUUUAUUAUUACUAUUAUUAUUUUGUAGGGACAGAGUUUUGCUAUGUUGCCCAGAUUGGUCUCAAACUCCUGGCCUCUCAAUCCUGCUGUCUUGGCCUCCAAAAUUUAAUUUUUUUAAAAGUAACUGUCAGAUAGAGGAAUAUGGUGACCCACUAUUGUUGAGAAAUUUGUUUUCCACUUGUCAUGUCACAUAAGAUGAUUGCUAAAAUAUUGUACUGGUGUUCAGUGGUGAGUUGUUGAAAGUUAAUAAUUAUAAAUAGGUAAUUUCCUUCUAAUAUGUUGGUACUGUCUAUGGCCAUACCACCCUGAACAUGCCUGAGCUUGUCGUAAUAUGUUGAGUACCCAAAAGAUUUGUUUAUAUUGUUAAUCUUAGGGAAAAAAAAUUAAAAUCCAGUAGAUCAGAACAUCAGGCUUUCAGAUGCAAAUUGAUUUACUGGUUUUUAUUUUGCUGAUUAUAAUAUUUGGUAUAUUUAAGGUAAUCUAGUUAACUAGAUGCUAUUUCAUAGAUUAUAUCGAAUGAUUUAAAACUUUAUUUUCAAGGAUAGUUUAUUUUAAAUGGCAUAUUGAAAACAUCAUUAUUAAGAUCCAGUAGGCAGGACAUUUAUUGGAUUAAAAUGAGGCAUUUAUCUAUGUCUUUAGGUGUCAUUGUUCCCUUUCUGAAUUAGCUGUACAUAUAAGCCUUCCUUUGGUUUUAAGUACUGAUUUUUUUUUUAAAAAAAAGAGGGACUGUUUACCAUUCUUCCACUGUGCUGUUAUAAAGUUUCAUUUGAAAGGUAAUGUUGUUUUUAUUAAUCUUUUUUCUUAAAAUGAUUUAAAGUGCUUUGAAUUUUAAAACAUUAAAGAAAUCCUUAAAUAACAAAA